AUGACGACGGGCGCGAACGCGCGCGCGCGAUCGGGAUCGAACGCGACGACGACGGCGAGACAGACGACGACGAAACAGAGCGCGGCGCGGACGACGACGCGGGACGGCGGGACGAGCGAAGGCGCGAAGGACGACGGGGAGACGACGGCGAGACGAGUGAAAAAGAAACCGGGAGAACGACGGAUGACGCACGCGCCGAGCGUGAUGUGGUUCGCGACGCUGGCGUGCGGCGGCGCGCGCGUGUGGUCGAGCGGCGCGGUGGGGGAGAGGGCGCUCAAGGCGAGCGCGACGGCGCGAUUCGGUUGGAUGGACGACGUGUUUUCGAGCGCGAUGGGACCGGCGUUACCGCUGACGUGCGCGCUCGCGAGGUGGUUCGCGGCGUCGUGCGUCACGGAAUACGAUCGAGGUAGAGAGGGGUUGGUGCCGCUGGGGACGUGCGCGCACAUACGCGCGGACGUGGAGGCGUACCUGUACGUCGCGGCGACGCGGCUUUUGGCGUACGCGACGCUUCGGCGCGCGUGGCCGUCGGCGUUUAUGAGCGAUCACGUCUUCUUGGCCGCGAGCGUGUUCACCGCCGUGCACGGGGAAGUGUUGAGCUGCGCGGUGGACUUUCUCAUCCUCGUCGAGCGACGGGAAAAGCCGUUAAGGCGAACCGCCAUCAUGUGCGUCGCCCUGUACGGCGUCGCCGUCAUGGCGGCGACGUGCGUCGAAGUCUUCGUCACGGCGAGAUUUUAUCAUCGCGGUCUCGAGACCGCGGUGGCCGCCGUCUUGGGUUGGUUCGUCUUACAGCGUCCACUCGUGCUCGCCGUCGUCAGGCCGCGCGCGAGAGAAUUAGCCGCCGCGUUAGCCUUGUAA